ACUCGGACGUUACAGCCACCCACAGAGAACAAGCGCGAAACCGCCACCCUGCUUGCUGUACGCACACAGAGAGGAAGAAAGUGAGAGGAGAAAGAUCAGGAGAAGAGGGACCGAUCCGCGUGCUUCAUCAAUCGUCAUGAGGCCGAUCAGAGCAGGCGCGCACCUGGCGUUCUGGAGGACGCCGACGCCGUACCUCCUCCUCGGCUUCGCGCUCAUGAUGGGGAUCAUCGCGGUGGCGCUGCUCGUGCUCGUCUGCACGGACAGCAAGCCGUCCGGGUCGUCGCGGCGGGGGAGCGCCGGCGAGGACGCGUCGGCGCGCGGGAUGGCGCCGCUCGACAGGGAGCCCAAGGUCGUCGUCAUCAUGGCCGGCGACGACAUGCCGUCCUUCCUCGCCAGCGCCAGGCCGUUCGCGUUCCCCGCCGUAGACGCCGACGCUGACGAGCCGCGAAACGCGGACGCGUCGUAGGCGCGGCGCGGCGCGCCCGUGUACCCUCCGCAGGACGCGGGCCCAAUUUUGGUCCCCCAGAUUUUCUCCUAGGAUUUGCCCUGCGUGUUCUGUCUGUAGAAUCUAAUUACAAGAGAAGAUAGAGCUGUAGUUUGCGUUCUUGGUGAGGUGAGCAGCGCGCAUGGCGUGAGCACGCCGGCGGUGUACGUUGAGAUCUGUGAGUGAACGUGAAUGGAAUUUUGGCUUGCAUAUUCAAUAAAUGUAUGACGCUCGCUUGGUUGCUCUCCA